AUGUACCUGAAGUUUCUCUUGGAUACAAUGAAAAUUGAAUCUCCCAACAGUCCGACAGCAAAGAAGAACAAAGUAUUGUAUCUAUUUCUUAAAGGAGAAGAAAUGCGUUCUGAGGAAAAUAUUGUCAUGGCAAAACUGUACUUAGAAAAAGCCAGGGAGUUGGGUGCUGGUGUGGCAGAUCAAUUUGUCAAAGCUGGUAUUUUGGAGAGUUUAGGUUUCUGUUAUUCAUCGGGUGCCGAGUACGAAAAAGCUCUAAAAACGACCAAUGAUGCUAUAGCUGCAUUUAAGCGCCUGCCAGGAGAAAGGGGACAGUUGGGCCAAGGUAAUUGCCUUGUUUCGGUUGGAACUAUAUUUAGAAGCCUUGGUAAGUAUGAAGAGGCCAUGCCAUAUUACGAGAAUGGUUUGGAGAUUUUGUUAAGGCUGAGAAACAAAAAUCCUUUGGAAGUUGACUAUGAAACGAUGUUGGGCAAUGCCUAUGGGAACAUGGGAGAAUUCCACAAUGAAAUAAAAAAGCAUGAACAAGCCAUAGAAUUGUGUCAAGAAGCUUUAAAAAUAUUCAAAAAAACAGGGAACAAACUUGAAGAGGCCAGGGCCCUACAUAACACAGGGAUUGCGUAUACUGGGAUGGGAAAUUUCAAGCAAUCUAUCGAGUACUGCGAAAAAAGCGCCCAUAUUUUCAAGGAUAUUGGCAACAAACAAGGCCUGUUCGAUUCUUAUCAAGUCUUAGCAAACAAUUACCGCUACAUAGGUAAAAUAGACAUUUCUAAACGUUAUUUCGAGAGCUGCAUCGCGAACGACAUUCACCGCGACAUGAAACAGUUGACUGACUUGGCCAU